AUGACUAUAGUGGUGUAUGCACAGGGGAGUUAUUACAAGACGACAGUUAAAAAUUGCAGAAGUUGCUCGGGAGCUGCUCCGAGCCAGGGAGAAAAGACGAAAGGCGCUCUGUUAGAUGUGGAAGAGACAGUAAGAUUCAACCCUCGUUCAAGAAAGAAGACCUGUAGUAAGAAGACGGUAACUGCCAAAGUGAAGACGCAGGUAAAUGGUAAUAAGACAUCUGAGGAGGAAGAGCCAACGACAGCAAACCAGGAUGAGGAGACAACUCAAACUGGUACAAUGUCGGAUAAAUCCUCUGUACUCAAAGCAAAAGAUUCUGUGCCUAAGAGGCGACGUGGUCGACGUGAGAAAUUACAGCAGCCAACAGAGAAGAGAAGGACAAGCACGAGGCUGGCAUCAAAAUGCAAGCUUAGUGAGACAUCAGAAACACACAUCAGUGAAGGUCUAGUGAGUGGAGCCAAGGGAGGUAAGUCUUCAAACAGUGGCUCUGCUCAUAAUGAUGGUUCAGAGGAUGAAACAGCUGAUGAUGAAACCGUUCACAACAGAACACUCAGCAACGAAGUCAAAAUCAACAGCACAGCAGCAGAUGAAAGUGUAAAGAACAGAACUUCAGUUGAUGAAUCUGUGAACAGUGGAAAUGUAGGUGAGGACACUGCUAUCAAUAGUUCUGCGGGAGAUGUUGUGCGCAAAAGGCAGAUUUCAAACAGCUCUUCUUCAAACAAUUUAGUUUCAAACUCUGAAUCUACUGACUCCGUGGAACGAGAGACUCAGCCACCAGAGAGCAAGAAGAGGAAGCGUGGCCGUCCAAAUAAACUUGCAGUACAGAAAAAUUAAAAAACUGUGCUAGGAGUAAAAUAGAAAACUGUAUCCAAUUUGAUGGUAAACAUUCACAAAAAUUAUUUCAAAAUGACAAGGGUGGCUAAUUCUCUCCACAGCUAAUCUGCCAUCAAACAGGAGGUUUCAGACCGAUUUUGUCUGAUUAAUUUUCCAAUAGGCAACCUAUUUAUUAUCAUGAUUGAUCAUUAUAAUUGUUUAUAUCAUUAUUGAUGAAAUUAUCUUGGCAGUACAUAAUGGAUAGAAUAGUGGUGACACUUUCAGUGAAAGAUAAUUUUCCUUCUGCAUAAAUAUUAAAUUUUAUUAUAAGUUUUGGUGAAGACAGAAUCUGAAAAAUAUGCUUCAUGUACAGGUAUGAACAUUAUGAGAAGUUUUUUUGUGAGGAGAAAUAAAUUUGUUAUACUGAACAAAUUUGCAUGAACUGAAGGCUGUGAGUCACAAAUAUAACCUAACUGACCUAAAAUUACGUCCAUGACUUAGCUGCUCAUUUUCACAUCCUGAUAGUUCAUCUUGUUUUAGAAAGGUGUUUUGAGGUUUGUUUGUAAAGUAGGGUGAUAUCCCCCUGGAAAAAUGGAAAAAAGUUUUAUGACUGAUAUUUUAUGACAUAUAUUUGCCUUUAAAAAUGCAUCUAUUUGGUCGAAAUUUUAGGCCAUUUAGAUAUAUGGCUUUUUUGGUGUUAAUUGCUUCAACCAAUGGAUGAUCAAAAUGCGUAUAAUCUUUCCCGUGGUGUCACAUACAUUCCAAUCCUGCUGGAUAUAGGAUAUACCCAGAUGAGUUUACGCAGAUUGUGUCAUAUACCUUAGGGUUAUAUUCUACCUGUUCUACCUGAGCUCACAUGAUGCUAGCAUCUUACCAUGAUGUCCGUUAUUUCUGCUGAAUCUGUGGCUUUCAGUUACCCUAAGGGAGAGUUCCAGACUGCGAGAUAGAAAAGCAUUAUUGAAAACUGUCACACUGAGGUAUACAGUAAAAACCUCGACUCCAUUUUUUUUUCUAAUUUUUUAAAAGAAUGCAGAGCGAAUUGUGAGUGUCUGGUGCGAGAGAUGGGCAAGUCCAGGUUAUGCCUUUUCGAUUGUGAUUGGCUGGUGUGAGAGAUAGGAAAGUCCAGACUAUGCCUUGCCGCUUCUGAUUUGUUGGUGUAAGAAAUAGGCAAGUCCAGGCUAUGCCUUGUCGCUUCUGAUUGGCUGGUGUAAGAGAUAGGCAAGUCCAGGCUAUGCCUUGUGGAUUCUGAUUUGCUGGUGUGAGAGAUUAAGUCCAGACUAUCCCUUGUGUAAGCUGAAUUUUAGGUAUGGUACGUUUAUUCAAGCGUGACCAGGGCUGCAAAUUUUAGCCCAGGAAACCCUAUCUUCACUGUUAGCCAAUCAGCGACGAUUCCGUAUCCCUUUUAGUGCAAAAUAGAAUCGAUCAAAACCAUAGACCGGAUGUGACGUCAUGUAGUCACAAGUGAUAGGCUUAAAGGGAUACAUAAUCAAUGUUAAGUAGCUGAAAAUGAAGGUUGCCUGAGUUAUACUUUGCACCUGUGUUCAUGCUUAAAUAAAUUUGUCAUACCUCAAAUUCAGCUUUGACUCGGCUGGACCUGGACCUCGUUAUCUCUCACAACAGCCAAUCAGAAACGGUUCUACAUCCGUUUAAGUGCUGGACUAAAUUCUCGAGUGCCAAGCACAGAGUUCAAACGCGUGAGAAACACAAGAAAAUAUUGUACAUUAUUCUGGACCCAAAGGAAUACAAAUAUGUUAUCAGUGGCUACACAACAUUUGGAGGGGUAAAAUGAUUCGUGUAGUGACCGAAUGACGUCAUUAAUUUGUCAGUAAUGGCGGCCAUUACUAUUGUUUCUACUAUUGUUUCUUCUGAUAUACAGGUGAUCUGUACAUAAAGUUAUGGUCUGAAAGGAAUCAUUUUUGUUUG